AGCCUUCCGGGGCGGCGCCACGGGCCCGGGCUGCGGGGGACAGCGCAGGGGCUGCGGGAACCGGGGCUGGCACGGGGCCGGAGCGGGGAUUUGCAGCUCCCCUGGCUCCCUGGGCUGAGCUGCGGCCAGGCCGAAGGGCCCCGCUCGCCUCCACGCGUGGUGAUGGGUUCAGUGCCCUAAGAGCCUUUGGCUGCUGGGCGGGAAGGACCAAAAAGCAGCAGGUGGCGGUUGUGAUUGUGUUGCUAAUAGGAGAAAAUGGAUUUCCUUUUAAAAAAUCCAGCCAGAAAAAGCCCACGUGUUUUACUGGUGCACGGUCACCAAGCAUGGCCACCCAGAUGUUCGAGGGCCGAGGGCAUGCAGCCAUCUACCAGAAAUACAGGUUUGCACCGGGCAAAGAGCUGCAGCAGACCAUCCUCUCCUACCUGCGGGAAAAGAAGGCCAUCCCUGCGGAGCUGGCGGUGGAUGUUGGCUGUGGCUCUGGACAAGGCACCCACUUCCUUGGGGAGCACUUCAAGAAGGUGGUGGGCACAGACAUCAGUGAAGCACAGAUCCAGGAGGCCAAGGCCACCCCCUGCAUGCCCAACAUCUCCUACCUUGUGUGCCCGGCGGAGGAGCUGCCGUUCCCGGCGGGCUCCGUGGACGUGCUGACCUCGUUCACGGCCGCGCACUGGUUCCAGCUGGAGCGCUUCGCGCGUGAGGCUCAGCGCGUGCUGCGGCCCGGCGGCUGCGUGGCCAUCAGCACCUACACCCUGGACAUGAGCCUGCGCCACGGGCAGUGCUCCCAGCAGCUCACCAGAGUCUUCAGGGAGUGCUGGGAUGAGAUUUUAAAAUACUCAAAUGAUAAAGUAAAAUAUGUCUUGGAUGACUACAAAGCAAUCUUUGAGGCCUUGCCGUUCCCAGACAAGAAGAGAAUCACUGAUAUCUAUGACCCAAUUCCCAUGACUGUUGAGGGUGUGGUUGGUUACAUGGAGUCCACCUCUUCAUAUCAAACCUUUAAGAAGAAUGACCCUACAGCUGCAACAUCCCUCCUCCAAGAGACAGAAAAGAGGAUGCUGGAGACAAUGGGAGUUUCCUCUCGUGAGACCCCGGUGGAGUUCUUGGUGAGGCACGUCUGUGUGCUGGGGUGCAAGGGGUGCUGAGAGAGCAAACCCUUCUCCUGAUCAGCUGCUCCAGUGGAAGGGGAAGGUGGAUUGUCUCCUAAAACCCUGCUUGUAACUGCUCUUACUCCUUGGGAGGAUUCCUGCUGAUUUUGCUGAUUGAAAUGUUGGUGUCUUGUGGAAAGCAGAUGGGGUUUUGUGCCCCUCAGCUUCCUGUCCACCCUGGUCCUGCUGUCUGCCCAGUGCUGCUCCCUCAGCACUGGAAGUGUCCCAUUGUGGAUUGAUGGCUUAAUAACACGUGGGGAAGAGAAUCACAGGAACAGCUGAGAAACUCACUGCAUUUCUUACACAAUUAAUAAUAAUUAAAAAGCCAGCUGAGAAAA